GGGGAAAGUUUUCGAAAGCAUCUCCAAAUUCGAAGCGUGCAGUGGUUCAGAGAAACUGCUGCUACUGUCUACCUUACUAUCUUGAAAUCAUCCCCGGUAUCUUCGAGGACUUCUGGCAGGUGGUGUUAUGAGUGAUCCAGGAUGUUAAGCCGCGCAGUUUUGCCUCUCUUGAGGCCACGACAGUGCCGGCCUCUGAUUGCGCAUGCUCUUUCACCAGCACGAGCCUACAGUCGCUCCCAAGGCAUUAAAGGUCCCGACUACAAACAUCCCACCAAUUCCCAACCAGAUGCAUCGAAAGAGCCCCUUCGAAAAGUCCCUCUAAGUCCGGCAAACCCUGCCGCCCAGGAUGACCAACCUCCAGAGACGCCGCCGUUUGGAGUCGACCCUGCUCGAGACCUCGAUGAUGUUUCUGGCUCAGUGUCGAGGGCGACAAGAAGGUCAAUGAGGGACCGGCAGAGACAAAAUGCGGCUGCAGGAGAGACACAAUCGGAACAAGAGACCACAGAUGCUCAGGCUGAGUCGGAGCCACAGUCUCAGCAGCCUCUCCCUGAUCUGAGACAGGGUAUUCCAUCGACCUUGGAUGCAGAGCUGGGUCGAGCCGGGCAAAGUCAGCAACCUCACGCACGAAAGGCCAGCCUCAACAUCACGGAAGAAUCGGACGAGCCGAAGCCUUCUGAGGAAGGUGACCGAGGUCGGGGUGAAACUCCCCGCCAGCAAUACGUCUCAUCCAGUGACCGGAAGAAGAAUGCGGUUUUCAGAUACAUGUACUUAGCACUAGGCCUGGGCGCCGUCGGGUACUCCGUCUACUUGGGACGCAACUGGGAAAACGAAGAGGAGGCAAAGAAGCAUACCGAUGCUCCGUCCGGCUGGCAAUUGGGACUCUUCUGGAAACGAAUCCAAGCUCGCCUUGGCUCAACCAUGAGCUACUAUCGAGAUCCAGUAACCACCAAGCUGCUGCCUGACGAAGAUCCAGAUCCGAACAUGCGAUUCCCUUUUACCCUCGUCCUCAGUUUGGAAGACAUGCUCGUACAUUCUGAGUGGACAAGAGAGCACGGGUGGCGCGUCGCCAAACGUCCUGGCGUGGACUACUUUCUGCGAUAUCUCGGGAGCUACUACGAAAUUGUUCUGUUCACCAGCCAGCCCAUGGCUGUGGUCGAAGGGUUGCUGAGGAAGUUGGACCCAUAUUCUACCAUCCGAUGGCCGCUGUUCCGUGAAGCUACCGUGUACCAGGAUGGCCACCACGUCAAGGACCUCUCGUACCUUAACCGUGAUCUCAAGAAGGUGUUGAUCAUGGACACCGAUCCCAACCAUGUCAAGAAUCAACCCGAGAACGCUAUCAUCCUCCCCAAAUGGAAAGGCGACCCGAAUGACCAGACCCUAAUUCAGUUCAUUCCGUUCCUGGAGUACCUUGCAACAAUGGGAUUCGAGGACGCAAGAGAAGUGCUCAAGUCUUUUGAAGGCAAGUAUAUUCCAGCAGAAUUCGCGAGACGGGAGAAGCUCCUUCGCGAGAAGUUCGAGAAGCAAGAAGCAGAAAAGAAAGGGCACAAGUCCAAGAAGAGUUUAAGCAGCCUAGGCUCCUUCCUGGGAUUAUCCAAGCCUCAUGAGGAAGAAAGUCUUGGGGAAGGAAAGAUGCUUUGGGAUCAAAUCCGAGAACGAGGACAGCGGCAAUACAUGGAAUUCGACAAGAAGAUCAAGGAGGAAGGCGAGAAGUGGUUGGCUGAACGAGACGCCGAGGAGAAGAGAAUGCAGGAAGAGGCCAUGAAGAACAUGAACCUUGGCGGAUGGUUCUCGGGAGUUUUGGGAAGUGGUGACAAGCCCGCAGAGGAGAAGAAAUGAGGUGGUCUAAAGUAAUACUUUGAUCGAGUGACGAUCUGUAUAAAAGUGCGACGUAUGUAGGAUUUAGGGGGGUUUUCCACGGGCAGUGCGAAGAUGAGUUCAGCAGGUCUAAUCGACAAAGCUGGGGCAUCAUCCUCCGUAUUAGGCCGCCAUAUCUCCAUUCAUGUACAGUUAUUUUAUUUAUCCUUGAGUGGUGUUUGAGACAGACUUGGGUGAUUUUAAUCGGAAACAAGACUUGAC